AUGGAUUACAUGAAUAGGAUCUUUAGGUCGUACUUAGAUCAAUUUGUUGUAGUUUUCAUCGAUGACAUUUUGAUUUAUUCCAAGAAUGAGGUAGAGCAUGAAGAACAUUUGAGAAUUGUGCUACAUAUAUUAAAUGACCGCCAAUUGUACGCGAAAUUCUCGAAAUGUGAAUUUUGGUUGAAGGAGGUACAAUUUCUUGGUCAUGUUAUCAGUAAAGAAGGUAUUGCAGUAGAUAUGAGUAAAGUCGAAGCAGUAACAAAAUGGGAAAUUCCAAAGAAUGUUGGUGAGCUUCGAAGUUUUCUUGGACAACCUGGAUAUUAUCGGAGGUUCAUUGAAGGAUUCUCAAAUAUCACUUUUCCUAUGACUCAGUUAACAAGGAAGGGAAAGGCCAAUGUUGUAGAAGACGCCUUGAGUCGAAAGACACUUCAUGGAUCUGCAAUGAUGUUGAAGGAAGAAGAGUUGAUUAACCAAUUCGUGGAUUUAAACUUAGGAGUACAUCACAGUGAAGGAAGUAUGUUCAUAGGCACUAUUGUCGUGUCUAAUGAAUAUCUAAAAUGGAUCAAAGCUGAACAACAACUUGAUGACCAAUUAAUGAAUAUAAAGGAAACUAUCAAUGAUGGUCAAAAUGGGGAUUUUAACAUAAGGACUGAUGGAAUCCUGAGGUUUGGAGAAAGGUUGUGUAUACCUCAAAACCAGGAUAUUCAAAAGUUGAUCUUGGAAGAAGGCCACAAAAGUAAGAUGAGUUUUCAUCCAGGAGCCACAAAGAUGUAUCGAGAUUUGAAGAAAAUGUUUUGGUGGUUUGGAAUGAAGAAGGAUAUAGCAGAGUUGACAAAGAGUGCACAUUUCAUUCCCAUCAAUCAAACGUUUAGCUUAGAGAGACUAGCUCAGAUAUAUGUAAAGGAAAUUGUUAGAUCACAUGGGAUACCUACAAGUAUAGUCAGUGAUAGAGAUCCCAAAUUCACAUCAAAGUUUUGGCGUCAGUUGCAUUUAGAGCUAGGAACCAAACUAAGGUUAAGUUCAACUUAUCAUCCCCAAACAGAUGGCCAGUCAGAAAGGACAAUUCAAUCGUUAGAGGGUCUGCUAAGAGCUUGUACUCUUGAACACAAAGGAAGUUGGGAUGAGUUCUUACCAUUGGCUGAGUUUACUUACAACAAUAGAUUGCACUCAAGUAUUGGUAUGGCUCCAUAUGAAGCAUUGUAUGGACGAAGGUGUCGAACACCUUUAUGUUUGUAUGAAGUUGGAGAAAAUAAAAUAUUGGGUUCAGAAUUUGUGCAACAAACAACAGACCAGGUUAAGCUUAUUAGAGAAAAAAUGAAAGAUCCACAGGAUCGUCAAAAGAGUUAUAAUGAUAAAAGGAGAAGACCUUUGGAAUUUGAGGCAGGAGAUCACGUGUUCAUUAGGGUAACUCCUAGAGCGAGAAUUGCAUGA